AUGGCGACGGCAAUUGUUUGUUCGGCUCGCAAGGUCGGGAGGCUGACAAAUGCUGUGCGACGAUUAUACUCAGAUUAUCCUAAAAUCACAACUCACUAUACGAUACAUCCUCGGGAAAACGAUCCAAGAUGGAAAGAUGUAAGCAUGGAACGUCAUGCCGAGGAGACAGAUAUCCUCAUUAUUGGUGGUGGUCCAGCGGGCAUGGCUGCUGCAAUUAGGGCUCGGCAACUGGCUGAAGAAAAAGGCGCUGAAGUUAGAGUGACCCUUUUAGAAAAGGCAGCUGAGGCGGGCGGCCAUAUACUUUCGGGAGCGUGUGUCGAUCCCAAAGCCCUUAAUGAAUUAAUACCUGAUUGGAAAGAGAAAGGAGCUCCAAUGAACACACCAGUAACAUCGGACAAAUUUGGUUACUUAACUAAAAGUGGCAGAAUACCUUUGCCUGUUUUCCCCGGUUUACCUCAUUAUAACCAUGGUAACUAUGUGGUGAGGUUGGGUCAUUUAGUGAGAUGGAUGUCAGAACAGGCUGAGGCGUUAGGAGCAGAGGUGUGGCCAGGUACAGCCGGGGCGGAGUUGUUGUAUCGUGACGACGGUUCCUUGAAGGGUGUAGCCACAGGAGAUGUUGGCAUCGCUAAGGAUGGAAGUCCUAAAGACAUGUUUGAACGUGGCAUGGAAUUUCACUCAAAGAUCACAAUAUUCGCUGAAGGUUGUCAUGGUCAUCUGACAAAGAUGGUGUCAAAUAAAUACAAUCUUAAAGAGAAGAGUGAACCACAAUCUUAUGGGAUAGGACUCAAGGAAUUAUGGGAAGUUGCACCUGAGAAACACAAUCCAGGCCUCGUUGAGCAUACAAUAGGUUGGCCUAUGGACAAAAAUACAUAUGGGGGCUCCUUUAUAUAUCAUUUGAAGGUAGAUGAGGGCGAAGCACCCUUGGUAGCGGUGGGGUAUGUGGUAGGGCUCGACUACGCUAAUCCUUAUAUCAGCCCAUUCAGGGAAUUCCAACGCUUCAAGACUCACCCUUAUGUGAAACCCAUGUUCGAAGGUGGUACUCGUAUAGCGUAUGGCGCUAGAGCAUUAGUUGAAGGUGGCUGGCAAUGUCUGCCGGUACCUGUAUUCCCAGGAGGAUGCCUUGCUGGCGACACGGCGGGCUACCUCAAUGUACCGCGGAUAAAGGGAACUCAUAACGCUAUGAAGAGUGGUAUGUUAGCAGCAGAGGCAGCCGUGGAGCUCAUUGUAUCAGGAGAAGCAUCUCACGAUAAAGGAGUUGUACCAAAUAUAUAUGAAGACAAAUUAAAAGAAUCAUAUGUAUAUAAAGAGCUCAAGCAAGUUAGAAACUGUCGGCCAUCUUUCCACAGUCCUCUGGGUGUGUUUGGAGGCGUGGCUUAUUCUGGUUUUUCAACAUUGGUCCGUGGCAAGGAACCUUGGACAUUCAGCCAUGGAGGUGCCGAUCACAGUAAAUUAAAGCCGGCGAAAGAUUUCAAACCUAUUGACUAUCCCAAGCCUGAUGGCGUUUUAACGUUUGACCUUUUAUCUUCAGUCGCACUCACAGGUACCAAUCACGAGUCCGACCAGCCGCCUCACCUUACAUUGAAGGAUGACUCUAUACCUGUUAAGAGGAAUCUAGCACAGUUUGAUGGACCGGAGGCGAGGUUCUGUCCCGCGGGUGUGUAUGAGUUUGUUCCAAUGGAAUCCGGAGACGGUCAGAGGCUUCAGAUAAACGCACAGAAUUGUAUACAUUGUAAAACAUGUGAUAUCAAAGAUCCUUCGCAGAACAUUAACUGGGUUGUUCCGGAGAGUGGUGGGGGCCCGGCUUACAACGGAAUGUAA